AGUGACAGCCCAAUCGGCAUUUGGGUUGUUGCUUUGCGGCGCUUUCCGCGGGGAACUGUGAGGGGUGGGGGAAACUUUGAAAGUUGGAUGCUACAGACCCGGGUUCUUUUUCUGCUGCAUCUGAAAACAUGGGUAGCAAGAAGCUCAGAAGAGUGGGCUUAUCACAAGAGCUGUGUGACCGUCUGAACAGACAUCAAAUUGUUACCUGUCAGGACUUUUUAUGUCUUUCCCCACUGGAACUUAUGAAGAUGACUGGCCUUAGUUAUCGAGGUGUCCAUGAACUUCUGUGUAUGGUCAGUAGAGCCUGUGCCCCACAGAUGCAAACGGCUUAUGGGUUAAAGAUGCAAACAUCUGCCUCUGUCUCACCAGUGUUCUUAGCUACAACUCUUUCUGCAUUGGAUGAAGCCCUGCAUGGUGGAGUGGCUUGUGGAUCCCUCACAGAGAUUACAGGCCCACCAGGUUGUGGAAAAACUCAGUUUUGUAUGAUGAUGAGCAUUUUGGCCACAUUACCCACCAACAUGGGAGGAUUAGAAGGAGGUGUUGUAUACAUCGACACAGAGUCAGCAUUUAGUGCUGAAAGACUGGUUGAAAUAGCAGAAUCUCGUUUUCCCAGAUAUUUUAACACUGAAGAAAAAUUACUUUUGACAAGCAGUAAGGUUCAUCUUUAUCGGGAACUCAGCUGCGAUGAAGUUCUACAAAGAAUUGAAUCUUUGGAAGAAGAAAUUAUUUCAAAGAGAGUUAAACUUGUAAUUAUUGACUCUGUUGCUUCCGUGGUAAGAAAGGAGUUUGAUGCACAACUUCAGGGCAACAUGAGAGAAAGAAAUAAGUUCUUGGCCAGAGAAGCUGCCACCUUGAAGUAUUUGGCUGAGGAAUUUUCAAUCCCGAUCUUUUUCCUGAAUAAGAAAAAGUUCUACACACAUAUAUUUCAAGUUAUCUUGACGAAUCAAAUUACAACGCAUCUAAGUGGAGCCCUAGCUUCCCAGGCAGACCUGGUGUCUCCAGCUGAUGAUUUGUCCCUGUCUGAAGGCCCUUCUGGAUCCAGCUGUGUGACGGCUGCCCUAGGAAACACCUGGAGUCACAGUGUGAACACCCGGCUGAUUUUCCAGUACCUUGGUUCAGAGAGAAGACAGAUUCUCAUUGCCAAGUCCCCUCUGGCUCCCUUCACCUCAUUUGCUUAUACCAUCCAGAAGGAAGGCCUGGUUCUUCAAGCUUCAAUAGAAUCUGGAGAAUCACUAUAUUUUCAACCACACAGCCACUGGUAAGGCCAAAACCUCCGUGUAUUUAUAUGUUGUUUUAUGGUUUACAAAACAAGUGCAUAAUUCCCAUUUUGUAGAUGAGGAAACUGGGGCAUGUUAAAUAACUUACCCAAAGAAUGAUAUAGCUGGGACUUUGACCCUGGUGUUCUGAUUCCAACCUAGACUCUUUCAUUACACCAGGCAGCUCCUUAAGUAGUUACAACAAAAUAGCACAGUGCAAAAUUAGUUCAAAGAAGAAACUGAUCCCAUCUGAAAUCCCAAAGAGAACUUGGGACAUUGUAUGUGAGAAUUUCAAUGGUAGUUUGUAGAGUUGGCCCAAUAGAAAUAUAGACGUCUUGCCAACUUUGCACAAGAUACAUAAAUCUCACAAUCAAUUUAACUACCUUCAUUUAUCUUGGAAACACAAAAAUUUAGACUAUAACUUGGCUUGAAUGAAGAGAUUCACACCAAGCCUGCAAUUCUGCUGCUCUUGUAAAGUGUUUCACGAACCCCAGUGUGAAGACCUUACUAUUUUGUUUGACUGUGAAGGUAGUCUGUACAUACUGGCCACUAGUGGAAGGUUAAUACUGACUCAGAAGCAAGAGGACCACUGACUGAAUCACCACCACUUACUAUAGUCCUCUGCUCUGUAUUCCUUGGAAACUUCUUGCCUCAGUUUGGGCUUGACCCAACCCACUUAGAGGGAGAGAGAGCAAUUUUACAGCCCUGCAUGGAAUGACUCCAAGCCAAUCGUAUCUAUUUCCAAAUGAUCUGACGCAGCAAGUGGAUCAUAUUUCCUUUGGAGGCUUGGCUGAGGACAGUUGGGUUGGUGACAUUGAGCCAGAGUGAAUAAAAUAAGGCUGUGAAGAAAAAUCUGAAAUGGUCUCUAAGGAGAUAGGACUAAUGAAAUGCUCAGGUCAGGAGUGAGGUACUUUCUGGAGAGAUUGAAAAAAAAAAAAAAAGAAAGAAAGGAGGACAAGGUGACCAUGUGUGAAAUUCAAACGAAUCAACGGUGAUUUGAGAAAGCCAGGCAGAUUGGCACAUGCCCAGUACCUUUCUGAGAGCAGGCACUAAGCCUAAAAUAAUUCACAAAAUCUACCUCUCAUUUUUAUUCUUACCUUUAUUUAGAUUUUUUUAUUGAAAAUUUUUAUGGUUGGUUCCCUGUCCACUUUCUCCCUAUCCUGCCAAAUGUAUUUGCCAAAGACCAACAGACCCCUAUGUUCAAUUAUUCUGGCCUUAGGGGAUAAUGUUUAAGGAGUUCCAAGAACAGGAUGUGGGAAC